UUUCGCACUUCUCUUCAGCGUUUAUGUAACGGUGCUUUGCAUGCACUUUCUCUCUCUAAAAUAAACUCACACCCUCAACACUCUCUCUUUCUUCCCAAAACACAACAUCACAACAUUAAUUGACGUCUCUUUUUCUCUGUGUGUGCAUGGUUGUUUUGUUGCAGCACCGAGAAAGCAUCGCCUAGUUGUUUUCUCUUCGAGGGUUUUGACUUUUGCAGUGGGAGUGAGGGGUUGAUUUGUGUGCGAUGGAGGUUGAGGUUUGCAUGAACGUUUCGUGCAAGAAUGGCUAUGCUAGAGAAUGGAAGAAGGGGUGGCCUUUGCGAUCGGGUGGAUUCGCUAGACUCUGCCACAAGUGCGGAUCUGCCUAUGAAAAUUUAAUUUUCUGUCAGAAAUUUCACCUACAUCAAACGGGGUGGAGAGAGUGUUCCUUUUGCAACAAGACUUUACACUGCGGAUGUAUUGCAUCGAGCUCUAUGUUUGAGUACCUUGAUUAUGGAGGCAUAGGUUGUGUUACCUGUGUAAAGACUUCGCAACUUAAUUUGAUACGGGAUACUGAAAACACUAUCGGGUCUGUUAGAUCAAUAAAAAACAAUGCAAGUGAUCGUCAUACUGAACAUAUGGAUUCUAGAUUAUUGGUGGAUGGUGCUGGCAAAGGAAACCUUAUGCAGUUGCGUAGGCAUGUUGAAGCUAGUGAAUCCAGCCGUUGGCAACGAGCUGAGAGAGAUGGCAUAGAUUCAUGUAUUGGUCCAAACAGGCAAGAUGAUAGAAGAUUUUCAAAUGUGAUGAAACUGUCUGGUCACUCAUUAACAUUUACAACAUUAGAUAAUAACAGACCAACAUGGGAGACACAAACUAUGCACAAAUCAAGUUCACAGAAUAUGUCUCUGGGAACCUCAUCAGGAAAUUCUGUCCUGCCUUCUGCUUUAGACAUUGCAGAAAGGAGACUUGAGGGUAAAACAUCGUUUUGUCCCUUUCAUCAAGGGCAAAGACUUUUCUCCAUAUCUAAACCAUUGAUGGAUGGGAUAGCCAUUAAUCUGGAAGCUAGUAAAGGUGUGAUUUCUCAGGAACGCGUUGCCCGGCCACCUGCUAAUGGGAAAACCAAGAAUCUGUUACUUUCUCGAUACUGGCCUAGGAUUACUGAUCAAGAGCUGGAGAAAUUGUCCGGAGAUUUGAAGUCUACUAUAGUGCCAUUGUUCGAGAAGGUAUUGAGUGCCAGCGAUGCAGGUCGAAUUGGUCGACUUGUUCUCCCAAAAUCUUGCGCUGAGGCUUACUUUCCUCCUAUUUCACAGUCAGAAGGUCUUCCUUUGCAGUUCAAAGAUGUGAAGGGAAAUGACUGGACAUUUCAGUUCAGAUUUUGGCCUAAUAACAAUAGUAGAAUGUAUGUAUUGGAGGGAGUAACCCCUUGCAUGCAGGCCAUGCAAUUAAAUGCUGGUGAUACUGUAAUGUUUAGUCGGAUAGAUCCCGGAGGCAAAUUUGUUAUGGGUUCCAGAAGGGCAUCAGAUUCUAUAGAUACACAGGAGGCCUCUACUUUUUCUCACUCCAAUGAUUUUGCAACAAAGGAAGCAACCUUUUCUGGUGCAACUGCAAAUCUGCACUCAGGAAACAGUUAUCCUGAUCUUCUCCGCACAACGAAAGGGAAUGGCGAACCUUACUUAAACAGAUAUUCAGAACAUUUGCGUUUCAGUACCGAAACUGCUAAUUGUCUACAAACUGAAAAUGAUAUGGAGUUGAGAGUUACGUGGGAAGAAGCACAAGACUUGCUUCAUCCACCACCUUGUGUCAAGCCAAGUGUUGAAACAAUUGAGGACAAAGAAUUUGAGGAAUUUGAGGAACCCCCGGUUUUUGGAAAGGGAACUACAAUCAAUGACCACCCAUCUGGGUCUUUGAGCUCUGCAUCAGAGGAAAUGAGUUCGAGGGAGUUGGAAAAUAUUCUUGUAACCAGCAAAGAUACUAAAAAGCGAAGAAUUAUGGAAAAACCUGAGUCAAUCCAAGAACACGAGUCUGUUGGCUUAGAUGAUCAUAUUGACCCUACUGAUUCAUCAGCUGGUGCCACAACCAAGCAUCCAAGGCACCGUUCUGGAUGCACUUGUAUUGUGUGCAUUCAGCCCCCAAGUGGAAAAGGGAGGCAUAGGCCAACAUGCACUUGCCUUGCCUGCAUGACCGUGAGGCGCCGGUUCAAGACCCUUAUGAUGCGUAAGAAGCAACGCGAAUCAGAUGCUACCCAAAAGGAUCAGAUUCAUCACAGUGAUGAGGGAGACACCAAUGGUGGUGCAUCAAGAGAUGGUGCAAUUGCAAGUAACUUGGAGAAUGAGGGAAGCCUCAACAGAAUGGAUGAACUUGGUGCAGGACAAAUAGACCUGAAUAGUCAUCCCGAUCAUGAAGACAUGCAAGUGGCUAUGUGAUUCGAUUCAGUUGUUAGAGGGAAAAUUUUAUCAUUUCUAUUUGAUUACAUGAUUGUCUGUUAUAACGAAUACUUAU